GCCGCGGAGCCGGCCAUGGGCCGGGCCAGGCCGAGCCAGCUGGGGGCCCAGCCCUGGCACCCCGCCGCGCCGCCGCCGCCGCCGCCCGAGCCGCCGCGGAGCCGCGCCCGCGCCCUGGCGCUGCUCGGAGCCCUGCUCGCCGCCGCCGCCGCCGCCGCCGCCGCCCGGGCCUACGCCCGCCAUGUCGAAGCGCAGGCGGCCGCGCGGCAGGAAUCUGCGCUGAAGGCCCUGGGGACCGAGGGCCUCUUUUUGUUUUCCUCCUUGGACAUUGACCGGGAUAUGCACAUCAGCCCUGAGGAGUUUAAACCCAUUGCUGAGAAGCUGACAGGGUCAACUCCUGUCACCAGCUACGAGGAGGAGGAGCUGCUGCCCGACCCCAGUGAGGAGACACUCACCAUAGAGGCCCGAUUCCAGCCUCUGCUUCCAGAGACCAUGACCAAGAGCAAAGACGGGUUCCUGGGAGUCUCCCGCCUGGCCCUGUCCGGCCUCCGCAACUGGACGACCGCAGCCUCGCCAAGUGCAGUGUUCGCCGCUCGCCACUUCCGGCCCUUCCUUCCCCCCGAAGGCCGGGAGGAGCUGGGCGAGCCCUGGUGGAUCAUCCCUAGCGAGCUGAGCGUCUUCACCGGCUACUUGUCCAACAACCGCUUCUACCCACCACCCCCCAAGGGCAAGGAGGUCAUCAUCCACCGGCUCCUGAGCAUGUUCCACCCUCGGCCUUUCGUGAAGACCCGCUUUGCCCCGCAGGGCGCCGUGGCCUGCCUGACCGCCGUCAGUGACUUCUACUACACCGUGAUGUUCCGGAUCCACGCCGAGUUCCAGCUCAGCGAGCCACCCGACUUCCCCUUCUGGUUCUCCCCCGGCCAGUUCACCGGCCACAUCGUCCUCUCCAAAGAUGCCACCCACGUCCGUGACUUCCGGCUCUUCGUGCCCAACCACAGGUCUCUGAAUGUGGACAUGGAGUGGCUGUACGGGGCCAGUGAAAGCAGCAACAUGGAGGUGGACAUCGGCUACAUACCCCAGAUGGAGCUGGAGGCCACGGGCCCCUCCGUCCCCUCCAUGAUCCUGGAUGAGGAAGGCAACGUAAUUGACAGCCGCCUGCCCUCGGGGGAACCCCUCCAGUUUGUGUUUGAGGAGAUCAAGUGGCAGGAGGAGCUGAGCUGGGAAGAGGCCGCCCAGCGCCUGGAGGUGGCCAUGUACCCCUUCAAGAAGGUCACCUACCUGCCAUUCUCUGAGGCCUUUGACCGAGCCAAGACUGAAAACAAGCUGGUGCACUCAAUCCUGCUUUGGGGGGCCCUGGAUGACCAGUCCUGCUGAGGUUCAGGGCGAACUCUCCGGGAGACUGUCCUGGAAAGUUCGCCCAUCCUCGCCCUUCUCAACAAGAGCUUUGUCAGCACCUGGUCCCUGGUGAAGGAGCUGGAGGACCUGCAGAACAACCAGGAGAGCCCGGCCCUCAGGAAACUGGCUGGCCUGCACCUGGAGAAGUACAGCUUCCCGGUGGAGAUGAUGAUCUGCCUGCCCAACGGUACCGUGGUCCACCACAUCAACGCCAACCACUUCCUGGACAUCACCUCCCUGAAGCCCGAGGACAUCGAGAACAAUGUCUUCAGCUUCUCAUCCACUUUUGAAGACCCGUCCACAGCCACCUACCUGCAGUUCCUGAAGGAGGGACUUCAGCGAGGCCUGCCCCUCCUCCAGCCCUAGUGUGCCCACCAGGCAGGUGGGAAGCCAGGCCAGAGAAGGGGAUCUGGAAAGGAAGUCCUCCAGCACUGGUGGAGAGGGCUCCUGCCCCUCACACCCCAGAGCCUCAGUGGUCCUUGGCACGCUUCAAACUUCAGACCCUCCUAGGCAGGCUGUGGGGUGCGUCCGAGCUCUGCCUUGGUGACGGUGGGUAGGCAAGGGAGUGGAUGACCGGAUGGCUGAAGCUCUAGCUCUGGCUGCCCCACCUGUCCUGUCCUACUCACCUGGCCUGGAAGCUGCUUGGACUUCACGACAUGGGGCCUGGGUGAUCUCCCGUGACCUCACCCACACAGAGUCGUGGAGUCCAGGCCCUUGCGGGUUGAAGAGUAGGGAAGAGUGGAUCCUAGGGAGGCAGGGCCACCCCUCUCCUUCCUUUCAGCCCCCACCCCUUCCUGAAAGAAGCAUCAAGAAGGCCCAGCCAGGGGGACCAGGCUGCGAAGGAACCACUCCUGUUUGUCUAGAGCCUUCUUUCUGGCUGCCUUCCUGUGCCUGGUGUCCCCAGCCGGGGUCAGUCUCAGCUGGGGCAGUGUCCUGGAGCCUCUGGGCAGAACCAGGGUGGCUCCCCUCCUUUGGAAGUGGAAAUCACCUUGCACCCCUGCUGCACCCCACACCUGGGCUUGCCACUCAGUCCGACCUAAUGAUAGGACCCUGGACCCCUGCCUCAGGACCUGCUGGAGGCCAGCUGUCUGGGGAGGUAUACUGCGAGGCAGACUUCUGCUCUUAGCAAGGGAGACCCCUGAGGGGUCCUUGAGGCCCAGGGCCAAGGCACCCUCACCGCCCGCCCCAAUUCAGGGUCACAGCAGGAGUGCUGGAGCCAGCGUCCCUUGUAAUGCCUCUCUCCUCAGACCUCGGCUCUGGACAAGAUUAGCGCAGCUAAAGAACACAGCCUCCCCCAGAGCCGGGCUGACCCCACACCAGCUCGUCCACCACUGGGUGGCGGACGACCCUCCCUGGCCACUCCUGGGGCCUGGGUCCGCAUCCUGAGCCACUGACCAUGGCCAGUCUCUUUUUUUAUACAUGCAGAAAAGUGUUUUUAUGUGAACUUUCUAACAGUUUGUAGGUAUUUUUGAUAACCCCCGUGCCAAGAAGGAAGGGAGUGAUGGCUUCCCCCAGCAGCUGCCACAUGACGGCUGGAUCUGAAAUCCCAGAUGGAUCCAGCCCGAUCUCUCUGCAGUUGCACCUAUGGGAAGAAAUAUUCCUCUCUUUAUUCUCCUCUUCCAGCUUUUUAAAAAACAUUUCUCACGGGACUAGCACACCCCAGCCCUAUCCUUGUCCUCCACCCAGGCCCUGAGGGGCUCUUGGGCUUCCAUUAAGGCCUUGGAGCCAGGCCAGGUGCCCCCAAGUCGCGGGCUGGGACUCACUCUAAAACCCAGCGGAGGCGGUGCUCCCAGCUCCCCACCUGCCCUGCUCCCCUCCCGCCUGCCCUCCCGUUUCCACAUCGAGGCUUCCUCACAGCCAGUCUUAUCCUCAAUUUUGUAUCAAAGUGCAAUAAUAGUUGUCAGUUCCCAAGAGCCUUUUCUAUCUGAGGCACUUUGCUAAGAUUACAGGUAUUUUCUCACCUAAUCCUCACAACAAACCCGUGAGGUGGGUAAUUGUUUCCUUUUUGCAGAUGAAGAAACUGAGGUUCAAGGAAGUAAAGCGACUUGCCCAGGGUCACUCAGUGGUAGAGUUGAGAUUCAAACCCACAUGUCACUCCAAAGCCCAUCCCUUUUGUUUUGGGGGUGUUUCGUCUUAACACUGCACCCCAUCUCUCUCUCCUGUUUUCACUGAGGUGGAAAGCCAGGCGUCUCCCUCCCCUCUGAUCUCUGCAGACCCAGCGAGGCAUGAGCCAGCCAGCUCAGCUGGGUUCUUUCUGUCCUGGGAGGUAGUGCUGUCCACGCCCGUUACAGGGAAGGAGAGCACCUAAGCCUGUCUCGGUGCCUCUGCCAUCUCCUUAGGCACCCACCGUGGGUGAGGGAACCACCCAGUGUCAGCAAAGACUCAGUUUCCCACCCAGUGAGCUCUUCCCCUCACGCUGCUCCAAGAGGGCCGCCUCCACAUUUAACCUCUCCCUGUCCCACGGCCUCGGCCUCCGGGGCUGCCUCACUUUCCCAUUCAAGUGCUGAUUGCUUGGGCUUUCUGCAUCCCAAGCCUCUGUCUGUCCCCCACGGAGCCUCGAGGUGCAUGGUAGGUGAGGUCCCCAGCUGCCCCUUUGUCACCCCUCUGCCACUUCCUUCCCCUGCCCCCAUGUCCUGUAAUAAAAUUGGAGAGACUAA